CUGGUGCCUGGCAAGAGUCUGCGUUCAAAGGCUGAGGAAUUUGGAGGCUUCUGUCCAAGAGUGAAAGCAGUAGGGACAAACGUGCCCGCUCCAGAAGGGUCCGGUUGGUGUGCGCAGGGUCGAGCUUCCCUCCCCUCCACCACUUUACCCUGUCAGGGCCCCUGGUCCUGCAGAUGGUGCUGCCCACAUUCAGGGUGGAUUUUAUCACUCAGUGCGCUGAGCCACAUGCCACGCAUUCCCGGGAGCAGCCUCACAGACACACCCAGGAGUGACUUCACCAAUUAUCCAGGUGUCUCUUAAUCAGCUAAAGUGACAGCCAGGAUUAGCAGCUCCCCAGGCUGUCAUAAUCCUCCCCACUGUUCAUGGCACUUGCAAAGGUCUACAUGCACACAUGGUUUUCUUGCAUGUGAUCUUACAGGUGUUCUCUGCACUGCCAGCUCAGAGAUAGGAAUGACUGUCUUAUUCCUUACAGGGCCCAUACUGCGAUUGGCAUGUGCUUGGAGAAAGUUGCUAUUUGAAAGAAGCCAUGAGGAACCUCCACAUCUGGACUAAAAUAGGACAUGGAGUUCCUGCAGGGGAUCCAUGGGAAGCAGAGCGAUGACCUCACCCCACCUGGCUCCUGGGCAGCUGAUGGUGAUUGGCGAGUUCGCCUGAGAAGGCGGGAUCUGUUUCCAUGGUGUCAGCACAGCAACAGUCCAGGCUAAGGCUGCCUGCAGCACAGAGCUCUUGGAGGUCCCACACACAGAUCAGCUUUCCAGAUUCCUGGAGAUACAUUUUGCUGGCCGGUGGAAACUUCUAGUUGAAUCCCUCCCAAGUAGCUGGGACUACAGAUGUGUGCCACCGUGCCCAGCUGAUACAGAAAUCUGAGGAAGAAAUCUGGCAAAGAAUAAAGAGUGGCCAUAGAAUUUCCGAACAGAGUGUCUCUCCUGCAGUUGGUCAUGGAACUGACCAAAAUGUCAGACAUGACAAGGCUCCACCAAGCCGUGGCCGUGGGGGACUAUGGCGCGGUGAAAUGGAUUCUGAAGAAAGGCCUCUGUGACCCCAAUCACAAGGACCCCGACUGGAACGACCGGACCCCACUUCACUGGGCUGCAAUCCGAGGGCACAUGGAGGUGCUGCAUCUCCUGCUGGAGCACGGAGCCAGGCCCUGCCUGGUCACGGAUGUGGGCUGGACCCCAGCUCACUUUGCAGCCGAGUCAGGUCACCUGGGGGUCCUCAAGGUCCUUCAUGCCCUGCAUGCCGCCAUCGAUGCCCCUGACUUCUUUGGGGACACACCCAAGAGGAUCGCACAGAUCUAUGGGCAGAGUGCCUGCGUGGCCUUCCUGGAGAUGGCUGAGCCGCAGUGUCGUGCCCACCGCCUGGCCGGGCUCCCCCAGGAUGAGCGUGACCCCGACUGGGAUGCCGGGAAGAGCCGGCUGCAGCGCUCACUUCGGUCCGCAGCACCAAGCACCAGUAGGGAGGAGAGGAGGCCACUGUGGGGCGCGGCUUGGCGACACCCGGGGGCGGGGCUGCUGCCUUCCAGGGACCCUGUAGCCCACACCAGGGGUCAUAGAGCACCCUCUGUCACCCAGGGGCCUGGCAGCAGUGUCCUUCUGCAGCCCAGCAGUCAGAGCUGAAGCCGUGGGGGACCGGAGGACAGGAACAGGUGCCAGCUGUCAGCUGCCUGUGUGUAUCUCCAGUAAUGGGCACCUCCGGCCUCCCUGCCCCACUCUAAUAAUGGGAAUUUGGGGACCAAAAGGUUCUCCAGGAUGCGGGGAACAGUGGUAAAAGCAAAAUUCUAACUCUCCCACACCCUCUGCUCAAUCAGUCCAUCAAACCUUCCCUGCUCUCACAGCGAGGAGAUCAGGACAUGGACACCUGCAUCUCUGAUUCCUUCAUGGGGCAGGAGCCACACAACCAGAACAGGCUCUGUGACCCUGAUCCCCGGGAGGAGGAGCAGGGCAGCGACCAGCUCAGUGCAGGAGAGCUGAGCCCCAGACUGCCGAGUUCUGUCUCCUAACUGAUGAGAGAGCAUGCAAAGGACUGCAACCUGUGGUUUCAGCUGCACAUUUGAGAAAAUUGGAACCCAGAUCCAAUAUUUCCGAUAAAAAUACAUCAGCUGAGUUAAGGUGUAAAGUACACAUUGGGUGAUGACCUUUGUACAAAAACAUGCAAAAUGUUCCUAACAAUGUUUAUCAUUGAUUUUUGGACAUGGUAAUACUUUAGAUAUUUUAGGACUGAACUAAAUUUAUUAUCAAAAUUAAUUUUUGCUCUUGCUUUGCACUUUUAUAAACAUGGUUUCUCUUCUGUGAGACCCAAGACAUAAACAAAUAGCAAAACAAAAGAUAGAGAAUAGGGAGCGGGGAGAUAGAUCUGUCUCAAAUGGGAAGGGCACCAAGACAAGGGAGGGGGCAGCGGGGAGGCAGAGUGGGUGAAAAAGCGUAAGAUGCGUCAUGUGUGUGUACAGGGCUGCACAAGGCCUGGGGACACUGCAUACUGCAGGCAUGUACAAGAGGAAAGGAAAGGAAAGAAUCAAGAGGUGGGUGGAGCAAGGGGAAAGGGAUGAAAAGGAAUCAGAAGAAGCCGCCAUGUUGGAACUUAGGCGGCUGCGCAAGAAAGCAAUUUGCCUGCCCUUUUGGUAAGCGCCCUUGGCACCAGCCAGGAGGAGAACUAGUCAGCUGUUCCCGUGAGCAUACUGGCACGUGGGCUGAGAAUCAAACAUCCCCUGCACCCACCCUCAGCAACUGGGGACAGAGGUCUGAGCAUCUCUUGGAUGACCAUAUGCAAUAUAGCAAAUUACAGGAAGCUCCUUCUAUGUUCUGUUUGAAGGUAAAGAUUGCUUUCACUGUUUUGUUUUGUUAUGAUUGUUUUGCUCUAUUCAAUAUUCUCUUUCAGUUGGUUUUAUAGUCUGCUUUUGGUUUGAUUUCGCUAUACCUGAUUGAAAGGACAACUAUUCUGAAGAUAACGAGAUAUACUAUGGUACCUGUUACUGUUAUCCCAGUAUCCUGCUGUGAAGUUCUGUUCCAAUGUCACUACAUUGUCUCUGUUGGCUUUAUUUUAUCUUGUUCUGUUGUAUUUUUACUACUUUCUAAGUGAAAUUUUUUAAAAAAGGAAUUAGAUUAUUUGCAUACUCACCACUUCCCACAACAUUAUGUACUGCAAACACGUGCUAAUAAAAGAAUCUUACAAAUUAGAGAAAGA